UCAAGGAAGUACUAAUAGAAAAGGACUAAAUAGAAAAGGAAAAUUUCAAAGGGCCAAUGAACCCAAAAAAGGAAGCAAACCGAGCGUAUCUAAUGUUGCAACAUCUGCUAACAGAUCUGCAACUGUUAACCCAAAGGAAAAAGGGAAAAUCUUAGGUUGUAUAUUCUGCAACGGCAAACACCGCAAUUAUACGUGCCAGGACGCUUCUACUUUAGAGGAAAGAAAGAAGCGGUUGACCGGAAGAUGCUUUAUAUGCUUUAGGAAGAAUCAUCUUGUAAAGGACUGUAAGGAAAACUGGACUUGUAGACUUUGCCCAGGAAAGGAAAGGCACAACAUGGCCUUAUGCCCUUCAAAUUUUCCAAAGGAUCCCAAAACAAAGAAACAGUCUUGACUAUUUCAGAAAGAGGAAUCACCACUCUACAGACAGCUGUUGUUUAUGCUAACCCCUUAGGUGAUAAGAAUAAUGUAUUGUGUAAAUACCGUUUAAUUUUAGACCCAGGGUCUCAACGUUCUUAUGUCACAUUUCAAGCGGCCAAGGAGUUGAAGCUUCCAGUCGAAGAAGAAAGUCUCUUGACAAUUUUCACCUUCGGUGAAGAUCCUCCGAAGGAAAUACAUAGUCCUAUAGUGAUUCUACAGUUAGUAACUAGAACAAAUAAGAAGAUAGUUAUACAAGCUAACUGUGUCCAACGCAUUUCAAGAGGAUUCAUCCCAAAUGUCAAGUUACGGGGCGUACCCGAGUCUUAUGUACUGGCGGAUGAUGGUUCUGUAAGCGGACAGGUGCAGAUUCUAAUCGGAAACGACUACUACUUUAACAUUAUUUAUGAAACUAAGAUACAACUAGAUAGUAACUUGUUUCUAGUGGAUUCUGCCCUUGGAUGGAUAGUCAGUGGCAAGACGGAACCACAGCUUGAAGAGGAAUCAUAUGUAGUGACUUAUGCUCAAACUUGUAUUGAAACGAAGCUUCAUCAACCAGAUUCACCUCUUUGUGAUGGAGACAUUAAAAACCUUUGGGAAUUGGAAUGUAUAGGAAUUUGUGAUUCACCUAAAGCAACAAGAGAAGAAGAAGCUAUUAAAAAUUUUAAUGAAACUACAGUAAAAAUUAACAAUAGAUACACGGUAAGCUGGCCAUGGAUAACUUAUCCGCCUGACUUACCUAAUAACUUUGGAAUCGCCUUUGGGCGUCUGUCAAGUUUACUGAAGCGCAUGGACCAAGAAACCUUAAUGUCAUACGACGAUACAUUUAAACAACAAUUAGCUAAGGGUAUAAUAGAAGUCGUACCCACAUCAGGAACGUCAACUGGUAACGCUAUUCACUACCUACCCUUCCAUGGAGUACGUCAUCGAGGAAAACCUAUGCGAAUCGUGUAUGAUGCUAGUUCCAAGAGUAACAAGAACACCAAGAGUCUGAACGAGUGCUUAUACAGAGGACCACUCAUGCUUGAAGACCUUACAGGGUUACUCAUCAAAUUCAGGACACAUCACAUAGGAUUGACGUCCGACAUAGAAAAGGCGUUUUUACAGAUGGCAUUACACGAGAAGGAUCGUGACGUUACCAGAUUCUUAUGGCUUAAAGAUACCUCUAAACCAGUAUCUCAGGAUAACCUACUUUACCUAAGAUUCUGCAGAGUUCCAUUCGGCGUGAUAUCUUCACCGUUUCUACUGAAUGCGACUAUUAAAGAACAUUUAAAUAAUGCAGAAGAUCAGCAUGUCAGGCAGAAAGCGAAUGACAUAUACGUAGACAACUUUGUUUCAGGCUGUAGUACUACAGCUGAAGCAAUAGAGUUUUACAAAAGUUUAAAAGGAUCUUUUCAAGAUAUUUCAAUGUCACUCAGGGAUUGGAGUUCUAACUCCGAAGAAUUCAUGAAGAUGGUCCCUGAUACAUGUAAAGAAAACAAGAUAAAAGUACUUGGCUUAGAGUGGGACAUAAAAAAGGACACCCUCCAGCUGAAGCCCAACCUCCAAGAGGAAGCAGUCACAAAAAGAGGAAUACUGAAGACUAUCGCAUCAAUUUAUGACCCGUGCGGUUACGCGGCACCUCAUACAUUAUCAGCUAAACUUUUUCUGCAAGGACUUUGGAAGGCCGGAGUAUCUUGGGACUCACCAUUAUCAAGCGAGCUAACAGAAGAGUGGAACAUCAUCCGACAGAACCUAGAAGUCAUAGGAAAGGUAUCGGUGGAUAGAUGUUACAUGAAGACACCAACGGAAGCGAAUUACCAACUGCACUGCUUCACAGAUGCUUCACUACAAGCCUACGCAGCAUCGGUGUUUCUAGUCUGUGGCUCGAAGAAAAGCUUUAUCAUGGGUAAAUCCCGUCUGAUACCAACCAAGGAUCAAGAUAACCUCAAGAUACCCCGUCUAGAACUUCUGGGAGUACUGAUAGGCUGUAGACUGAUGAAGUUCGUCCUUAAGUUUCUGCAACAGAAAAUAGUAAGACAAGUCUUAUGGACCGAUAGUCAGAUUGUCAUCGAAUGGUGUAAGUCUAACAAACUACUUCCUCCCUUCGUUGCCAGACGAGUAGAAGAAAUCAAGACAAACAAAGACCUGGAGAUAAGAUAUCUACCAUCAAGCUUGAACCCAGCAGAUGUAGGCACAAGACCCCUUCGUGCAGAGGAGGAUAAGGAGAAAUGGCUGAAUGGUCCGCAGUUUAUAACAGAAGAUCCACAGAAAUGGCCAACCACAUCCGGCAGUGAGCCAACCAGUUCUCUUCUGACAGGGGAGGGUCUUGGGUUCCAAGAAGACAUAGAGAUGGUCGAUAAAGAAGAUCCAGUUGUUAAUGUCAACCCGAUGAAAACGGAGGAAAUUAUAACACCAAAUGAAGUGAUAGGAAAUAAUCAGUCAACAGACGACAAGCUUCAUAAAUUAAAAGAAAUUCAAGCUAAAUAUUUUCCUCUAGAGGUAGAAGGAAAAGAAACCAAUCUAAGUCGAAACUUAGGAGUAUUCAAGGACAUUGAUGACCUAUUGAGAUGCAAAGGUCGUAUGAAAAACGCAAACUGGUCGUUCGACAAACGAUACCCUAUACUCAUACCAAAAGAGUCAGAUUUCACGAAGGAAAUUAUAAUGAAAACUCAUCAAGAGAACAAACAUGUAGAGUAGCCACGGUCCAAGUAGGAGAUACAAUAUAUACAAGAUCUAUCGCGCAUCUCUACCCGUUAGAGAUCGAAGAUGGAGAGGAACAGUGUAAACAAACGUCACAUGAAGAAAGCGUAGAAGAAUCUGUACAGGUUCCUGACGUCCCACAUCCAACAAGAAGGGACGACGUGAUGAAAGAAUCCACUAACGACGUUCUUAAGACUUCUGAGCAGAAAUCUUAUCAAUUAACAGAAUUAAACGAGUCAGAAGAAAUACCGUCUGAUUCAGUCUUAUUAGAGCCUGCAUCUAGUCAGUUACACGAGCCUGAGCCUAAGUCCAUACCCGAACCAGACCCACUCGCAGUCAAAGACAUGACGUUCUGCGAGAACACUGAUCCUGAAACGCACCACCUAGAGAACAUCGCGUCGGCUGAACAUCACGACGAGUCCAGACCUAAGAGAGCAGCGGCGCUUCGUGCUCUUGAGAAGAUUAAGGAGUGGACCAGCAACUUAGUCGCAGUUUUGCUGCCUGUAGUGGGGAGUGUCGCGACCAACGCGAAACUAUAGAGCCCCAAGAAUAUUCCCCUGCGGCAACACUGGCGGCGCCCUCUGGGUGGAGCCAUAAUCACGGAGUGACAAUCAGCCGCCGUAACAUAAAAGCAAGCGAAGCAGAUCAGAGGCUCACCUGGCCCCGAGAAGGUUGGGACAGCGUGAGCGUGGAUGAGGAAUCAUCUAUAGAAAUGUCAGGUAUGUAUACCAUGCAUUCUGUUUGGUGGUCAGUAUAUAUAUUGACCACACACACACAAAUAAGUUGCCAUCCUUCUCCUUUACGGACUCGUAAAUGUACCGUAGGCGGCUAGGAGAGGGGUGG